CAAAAACAUCCAUUAUCGUUUGGUGGAAAAAGUUGGAAAAACAGAAGUUUGGUGGCCACAAUAAAUAUUCGUUUCAGUAUAUUAACACAACAUUUGCAGACGCAUCUUUCCGCGUUUCUCCUCCUAUUUUACAAAAACAAAACAAAAAAAGUUAGUAUCCGAGCUCUGAGAUCGGCAUCCAUGGCUGCUUCUGCUGAACGCGAAAACUUCAUCUACGUCGCCAAGCUCGCCGAGCAAGCUGAACGCUAUGACGAGAUGGUCGAUGCCAUGAAGAAAGUAGCAAUGUUGGAUAUUGAAUUGACGGUUGAGGAGAGAAAUUUGCUCUCAGUUGGAUACAAGAAUGUGGUGGGUUCACGUAGGGCAUCAUGGAGGAUAUUGUCCUCCAUUGAGCAAAAAGAGGAGUCAAGGGGCAAUGAAGUUAACGUCAAGCGGAUUAAGGAAUAUAGGCAGAAGGUGGAAACAGAGCUGUCGAACAUUUGCAAAGAUAUCAUGGCUGUGAUUGACGAGCAUCUGAUUCCAUCUUCCUCUGCGGGAGAAUCCACUGUUUUCUACUACAAAAUGAAAGGAGACUAUUAUAGGUAUCUUGCGGAGUUCAAGUCUGGCAAUGACAAAAAAGAAGCAGCUGAUCAGUCACUUAAGGCUUAUCAAUUGGCUUCUACUGCUGCAGAGGAAUUAUCUCCUACGCAUCCCAUUAGAUUGGGUUUGGCUUUGAACUUCUCCGUUUUCUAUUACGAGAUCAUGAACUCUCCCGAAAGAGCCUGUCACCUGGCAAAACAAGCUUUCGAUGAAGCUAUCUCAGAACUUGAUUCGUUGAGUGAGGAAUCAUACAAAGAUAGCACUUUAAUUAUGCAGCUCCUGAGGGACAAUCUCACUUUGUGGACCUCCGAUAUUCCAGAGGAUGGAGAGGACCAAAAGAUGGAGAUCACCAAAUCUGGUGAAGAUGCAGAGUAAAAUUUGGAGGGUAAGUGUACAUCCUUGGAGGGAGUGGAUGUGGCCUUUGUUAUUGUAUUUGUAAGCCUAAAUUUGAAAGCGAUAACAUGAGAAUCGCACGCGUUAGUUGUUUUCGUUUGUUCUUCUUGUAAAAUGCCCAGAAAUGGGACGUUUAUGGCAUGGCCACAUAUAUUAUGAUCCAGGCUUGUUUCUGCAAAAGAAACUAUUUUAAAGGCCCCGAUUAUUUACA